UACUGUUAACUGUCACUUGAGAUACAAAUGACGUGAUGUGAUUUGAACAUACUGUCAGUGUCUGAAAGGAACAGUUUUCUUGAAUGGUUUGACUUGAAGCUCUUCGGCUGAAAUGGCUGACUACCAAACCCAGUAUCAACCUCUGGCGUCGUGUGAGGAGGACACCGACGAAAAUGACAUCCCUAUUCACGAGUCGGCCAACCUGAUGAUGCAUGUUGUCCCAGAAAGUACACGAUGGAACCAUAUAGAAAACCUGGACGACUUCUUUACUCGAGUCUACCAUUAUCAUCAGCGGGGGGGAUUUGUGUGUAUGAUGGUCAGCGACGUUCUCCAACUGAUACAAUUUAUCUUCGUGGUGGGUUUCUCAACCUUCCUAUUGGAGUGUGUGAACUAUGACAUCCUGUUUGCCAACUCUAAGAAUGACACCCACAAAGUCACCAUUCCUGAGGCAGUCGCACCUUUCGGCCAGUGUGUUCAAGAGUUUGACUUUGGGAUCACUGUCUGUUUGCUUGUGGCUUUUGCCUUUUGGGUUUUCCGCCUGAUCAAGGUUCUAUACAACAUCUUUAAGUACUGGGAGAUUCGCUCCUUUUAUCUCACUGCCCUCCACAUAACUACUACUGAUUUGACAAACAUGACUUGGCAUGAAGUCCAGCGCCGGCUUCUGGAGGUCCAGAAAGAACAGCAGAUGUGUAUCCACAAACAGGAACUCACAGAGCUGGACAUAUACCACCGGAUACUCAGGUUCAAAAACUACAUGAUUGCCAUGGAGAGGAAAUCCUUACUUCCAUUUAAACAUAGCAUUCCCUUAAUGGGGGAAUGUGCUUUCUACAGCAUUGGAUUGAAAUACAAUCUGGACUUCUUGCUCUUCUGGGGUCCUUGGUCACCUUUUGAGAAUUACUGGAAGUUGAAGGAUGAAUUCAAAAUUUAUCAUAAAAGAAAACAGUUGGCAGAAGAGUUGUCUAAGAAAAUCCUAUGGAUCGGCAUUGCAAACUUUGCCCUUAGUCCACUCAUUCUACUAUGGCAGAUCCUAUACUCUUUCUUUAGAUAUGCGGAUACACUUAAAAGAGAACCUUCAAUGUUAGGAUCAAGAAGAUGGUCAAAUUAUGCGAGACUUUAUUUACGGCAUUAUAACGAGCUUGAUCAUGAAUUUGAUGCAAGGCUGAAUAGAGGCUAUCGAUUAGCCAACAAAUACAUGGAUAUCUUUACUUCACAGCUUAUAGUUAUAUUAGCCAAGAAUGUGGCAUUCUUUGCUGGUUCUGUGCUGGCCGUGCUGGUUGUGCUGACUGUGAUUGAUGAGGAUGUGCUGGCUGUGGAGCAUGUGCUGACCACCAUGACAGUUGCUGGUCUGAUUGUUACAGCAUGUAAAGUCUUUAUACCAGAUGAGCAUUUAGUGUACUGCCCUGAGAUUCUGAUGAGGAACAUCUUGGCCCAUGUCCACUACAUGCCUCCUGAUUGGUCAGGCAAUGCCCACACAUCCAAAGUCCGCAAUGAAUUCUCCAUAUUUUUCCAAUACAAAGUUGCGUACUUAUUUGAGGAGCUCCUCAGUCCCCUUGUUACCCCUAUAGUACUCUGCUUUUCCCUGCGUCACAAAUCAAUGGAGAUCGUGGAUUUUUUCCGUAACUUUACGGUAGAUGUUGUCGGUGUGGGGGAUGUGUGUUCCUUUGCACAGUUGGACGUCCGCAAGCGAGACAACAAAAUGGAUGAUAGGGAUGAGGAAGAAGAGCCUCAACCGUCCCUGAGGACCAACAUGUUUACCCCAGACCAGAGCCCCUCACAGGAGGGCAAGAUCCAGAUGUCCCUCAUGCACUUCCACCUUACAAACCCAGAGUGGAAACCUCCCAAGGAAUGCAGUCUGUUCAUCAAUGACAUCAAAGAAAAAGCCAAUAGAAACACUACUUCUCUAAGCAUCUUUAACCCUGUGACCCAGAAUAUGGUGAUGUCAUCUCAGGGGUCCAUUACAGGGUAUCUUUCUGGACUACAACCCAGCGGAGCAGGAGCCCUUGGGGAAAGUGCAACAGACCAGUACACCAGCCUUGCGUCAAGCAUCGCCAUACAGAGCGGCAUGUACCCCCAGUCUACUCAAGUGUCCAUGGCCCCCAGUGUGAGUGGGGUCCACCACAGACUCCGGGGGGCCAUAUCCACCGCUGAGGGACCCCUGGAACGGUCCAUCGGUGGACCAGUGGGAACCAUGCAGGGCUCGACCAGCAUGAUCGGCAGUGGGUUGGGGGGAUACCACUCCAUAGGAAGCUCCAAGCCGAGUGUGGACGAGGGCUCACUUGAACUGCUGUCACAUGAUAUGAGUGUCAGCGCGCUCUACCUACACGACCUUCAGUCUCGCAAACAGAGAGGUCAAGGUCAAAUGGGAUAUGAAAAUAUAGAGGAAAUGCGGGCUAAGAAUCUGUGGCAGAGACAGGACAGUAACCAAGGCCAAGUGCAUGCUGGGAUGCCUAAUAUACAGGAGAAGAGGGAAGAGGAGGAGAAAGAUAGUGGACACUCGGAAACCAUUGCUAAAUCUGUCUAGUGCCAACAAAAACUCCCACAAUGCAUACAAUUAGCUUCUUGCUGGCAGCCACUUACUGUAACUAACAUCUCUUUGUGCUGACUAUGUGUCUGUGACUUAUAUACCAGCUAUCUGUUUUGUGCUAUAUCAUGUGGCAUUACAUGUACUUUCACCAUGUGUUAACCUCAUGAACUUGUUGGAUUUUAUUUAUUGACAUUUACUUUGUUUUAUUGCAUUCAGAUAGACAUGUACGUACAUGUAUGAUAUAAGGGACAUUAACCAAUAAAUACAUGUAUAAUGUGUAUUAUGCUCCUAAAGAGGACAUGAGGUACUUUUCAUGUAACAAAA